AUGGGAAAAGAACUAGGGGAUAUUACUGCAGAAUUGAUCUGUUCUGAAAACAUCCAUAAUUUUCCAAGGAGAGAGCCACAGUGCUAUGGAAGCACUAGCUCGGUGACUGUGCCAGAAACGCUGUUGUUUGUUUCAACCCUUGAUGGAAGUUUGCAUGCUGUCAGCAAAAGGACAGGAUCAAUCAAGUGGGCUUUAAAAGAAGAUCCUGUCCUCCAGGUGCCAACACACGUGGAAGAGCCAGCAUUUCUUCCAGACCCAAACGAUGGCAGUUUAUAUACACUUGGUGGCAAAAAUAAUGAAGGCUUAACUAAACUUCCAUUUACAAUCCCCGAGCUGGUGCAGGCAUCACCCUGUCGCAGUUCAGAUGGGAUUCUGUACAUGGGAAAGAAGCAAGAUAUUUGGUAUGUGAUAGACCUUGUCACUGGGGAGAAACAACAAACCUUAACGUCUUCAUUUGCAGAAAGCCUUUGUCCAUCAACAUCCCUCCUGUAUCUUGGGCGAACCGAAUACACUAUUACAAUGUAUGAUACCAAAAAUAAGGAGCUCCGAUGGAAUGCCACCUACUUUGAUUAUGCAGCCACUGUACCUGAUGAAGAUGUGAAAUACAAAAUGUCCCACUUUGUAUCUAACGGAGACGGGCUGGUGGUGACUGUGGAUAGUGAGUCUGGGGAUGUGCUGUGGAUUCAGAAUUAUGGUUCCCCGGUGGUAGCUUUUUACAUCUGGCAGCGUGAAGGACUACGGAAAGUAAUGCACACAAACGUGGGAAUAGAAACACUGCGCUACCUGACCUUCAUGUCUGGGGAGGUUGGACGCAUCACUAAGUGGAAGUAUCCUUUCCCGAAGGAAACGGAGACCAAGAGCAAGUUGACGCCUACGCUCUAUGUAGGAAAAUACUCAACGAGCUUGUAUGCAUCUCCAUCAAUGGUGCAUGAAGGAGUGGCUAUUGUGCCCCGUGGCAGAGCCAUACCUCUGUUAGAGGGCCCCAAAACAGAAGGAGUUACUAUUGAAGACAAUGGCGAGUGUGUUAUCACUCCUAGUACGGAUCUAAAAUUUUCAGCAGGAUUGAAAGAAAAGAAACUCAACUAUUGGAGGAACCACUGGCUGUUAAUAGGGCACCAUGAAACACCAUUAUCAGCCCCUACAAAGAUCCUGGAGAAAUUUCCAAGCAGUUUGCCUAAACGGCAUGAAAAUGUGAUUCCAGCUGACUCUGAUAAAGCCAGUUUUGAGGAGGUUAUUGGUAUAGUUGAAGGUUCCUCAAAAGAAUUGCCUCCUACCGUUCCAAAGGACAUUGACGAGAAGCCCAGUCAGCCUGUACCUCGGCCAGAGGCUCCCGUAGAUUCCAUGCUGAAAGACAUGGCCACAAUCAUCCUGAGCACUUUUUUGUUCGUUGGCUGGGUAGCAUUCGUCAUCACCUGUCCAAUGAGUACGCAGCAACAGCAACUGCCCUUCAGUGCCCCCAGUGAUCUCCCCCCAGAGGCAGACUUUUUGGACACCUCCUAUGUGCGGACGGAGAGUUCAGCCACCAGCACACCCAACGUGUCUCCCAAAGCAUCAAACCACUCAGCGUAUUCCAACCUCUCUGGCUCUGACAUUGGGAGAUGUCUCUCCACUGAGCAGGAAGAGGGAGAUGAGGACACACGCAUAGUAAUGGUCGGCAAGAUUUCAUUUAGCCCGAAAGACGUACUGGGACAUGGAGCUGAAGGAACAAUUGUUUACAGAGGGACAUUUGAUAACAGAGAUGUGGCGGUGAAAAGAAUUCUCCCCGAAUGCUUCAGCUUUGCUGACCGCGAGGUGCAGCUGCUGCGUGAGUCGGACGAGCACCCCAACGUGAUCCGCUAUUUCUGCACUGAGAGGGACAGGCAGUUUCAGUACAUUGCCAUAGAGCUCUGUGCUGCCACCUUACAGGAGUAUGUGGAGCAGAAGGACUUCAGUCGCCAUGGCUUACAGCCCAUUACCCUACUGCAACAGACGACAUCUGGUCUUACUUAUCUACACUCUCUCAAUAUUGUCCACAGGGAUUUGAAACCUCAUAAUAUCCUAAUUUCAAUGCCCAAUGCCCAUGGCAAGGUCAAAGCCAUGAUUUCAGACUUCGGCCUGUGUAAGAAGCUGGCAGUGGGCAGGCACAGUUUUAGCCGUCAGUCUGGGGUGCCAGGCACUGAAGGGUGGAUCGCUCCAGAGAUGCUGAGUGAAGAUUGCAAAGAGAACCCUACAUACACGGUGGACAUCUUUUCGGCUGGCUGUCUCUUCUAUUAUGUUGUAUCUGAAGGCAGCCAUCCCUUUGGCAAAUCCCUGCAGCGGCAAGCCAACAUUCUACUGGGUGUUUACAGUCUGGACUCCUUAAAUCCAGAGACGCAUGAUGACAUAGUUGCUCGUGACUUAAUAGAGCAGAUGAUAAACAUGGAUCCUCAGAAACGUCCAUCUGCCAGCUGUGUGCUGAAGCACCCGUUCUUCUGGGAUCUAGAAAGACAGCUCCAGUUUUUUCAGGAUGUGAGUGACCGAAUAGAAAAAGAAUCUCUAGAUGGUCCAAUAGUCAAGCAGUUAGAGAGAGGAGGGAGAGAGGUGGUAAAAAUGGACUGGAGAGAGCACAUCACGGUUCCCCUUCAGACAGAUCUUCGAAAAUUCAGAUCCUAUAAAGGGGGCUCAGUACGGGAUCUUCUACGGGCGAUGAGAAAUAAGAAACAUCAUUACAGAGAACUGCCCCUGGAAGUGCAGGAGACGCUGGGCUCUAUCCCAGACUAUUUUGUAUGUUACUUCACAUCUCGUUUCCCUCGCCUUCUCCUUCACACCUACCACGCAAUGCAAAUCUGCAGUGGGGAAAGACUCUUUCAGCAUUACUAUAGUCAGGACUCUGCAGAGCAAAGACUUCCAGGAGAUACCAUUUGAGAGGAUGGGGAUGGAGUUCCCUUCUCUGUGAUGAACAUUCCAAGCAUAGGGCUGUGAAAUUGGCCUACCUUUAGCAGGGACUAGUGGGAUCAUCAGAGAGUAAAAUGUCUCUUUGAAGAAACCAAGCUUCCAAAUGUGCCUUAUAUUGUGUCUGCGCUGGAGCAGGAAAAGUACAGUAGGAGCACAAGGAAUGAGUGCUAACUUCAGAAAAGCAUUGAACCAAGCUGGUGGAGUUAUCCUAAGGCAGCUUUUAAGAAAGAAAAUGAAAAUGAAGUGCAAAUAGUUGUGUGUAAACAUCAUUCUGCUGUUGAACAUACUUGCAUUGUACUUGAUUUUAUAAUUCAUAUAUUUUACUGCACAGAAUCAAACACAGUGACUGAAACCAUAUCGUUACUAGGCAUUAGGAUCUGGAAAAGGAGCCUUUUAGUUGUAGCAAACCAUCCAAACCUGCUAUUGCACUACUGCCAUAUUCUGCAUUUGAAACAGUGUCUUAGAUACAAUACAGUGAUUGUGAAGGGAAUAAUCUAAAAAUAUCCAAAACCUGUAACGAGAAUGUAAUUUCUAAUUAGUGCAACCCUGGAAUAUUAGUCU